CUGCACGCCCCCUUCAGCAUCGAGCCCGAGAUGGCCGGUCCGCUGCUGCAGUUCCCGCUGGAUAUGUACCAACGCAUGCGUCAGCAAGGAGGCAACGUGCUGCUGUCACCCUGGUACCUGGCCUGCAUGCUGGUCACGAUGUACCACGGCUCGGGUGGAUCGACGCGGAGCCAGAUUGCUCGAGUGCUCCGCACGGAUGACGACGGCGAGAUCGUGGAGCGCUUCAAUAGCCACGCCAGCCGCCUGUUCUUCCGGGACUACCCCAAGCCACGACACACCCACUCAGGUCUCAGGGUGACGUACUACGCCGGCCUUUACCACGAUGCACGAGUCAACUUGUCGAAGGAGUUCAAGGAGCCACUUUCGAACCUGGACAUACACUUCCACGUCCACGAUUUCGCAGAGAGCCCCGAGCAGAGCAGGCUCUCUCUCGACGGCUUCUUACGAGCACUCACGGGCUUCUGUUUCGAACGAGACGUCUUUAGCGGCGACAGUGUGGACCUGGACACGUUCGUGGUCCUUGCCAGCGUCUUCACCUUCGGCUCACGCUGGUUUGCCGCGGGAGGGGCCCGCCGCUCUACGGGCCGGUUCCACCCCGAGUACGCCGGUGACAAGCGAGAUGGCGAAGAGGUGCCUACGCUGUCCAUGACGGGCACCUUCCGGUAUGCCAAAUUCGGCAAAGGCGACGCCUUCGCAGGGGUCGUGGUGGACCUGCCUUACCAGGAACCUCGAUGGUCGCUCGCCAUUUUUCUCCCGGCGCCCGACUCAAGUCUCGUGGAAUUGGAGAAGGCCCUAACCGCAGCCACGAUACUGACGUGUCUGGGGCGUCUGGUGCAGCAUGGCCCAGUGACGGUUACGCUGCCCCGGAUGAAGGUCAAGUGCCUCACUGACCUCAAGCAGUACCUGCAGCCGAUGGGGGUGACGGACGCGUUCAAUGGUACCGCGGACUUUGUCAACAUAGCGCGCAUUGUGGGUCUCAGGGUGUCGGCGGCGAAGCAGCUCGCGGUUUUCAGGGCCGGACACAGGGGUCCCAAGAUCCCCACGGCUGAAGCUGUGGCCGAGAAGGCCGCGUGCGCCGCCAGCGGCAAGAGCGUGUUCAAGAUAACGGUCGAUCGGCCGUUCAUGUUCUUGGUGCUCGCCCGCGAUCCAGACACCGUGUUUAUGCUCGGCUCGUUUACGCACACUCUCUAAGAGGACGCCGUGGCAAUUAGGGCAUGUGUACCUUUA